GAGGGGCGCCAUGUUUCGUCCAUGCGCGUAACGAACCCACAGCGCUCAGUCAGGAUACACUUUUUCCUCCUCCACAGUCUCGCCUGUAUAGCCGUUGUUUAUCGUCAGUAAAUAUGUCAACCACGACCGGCGGCGGAGAGUUUGGCAACCCCCUACGAAAGUUCAAGCUUGUCUUCUUGGGCGAGCAGAGCGUUGGGAAGACCUCGCUCAUCACCAGGUUUAUGUAUGACAGUUUUGACAACACUUAUCAGGCAACAAUUGGCAUCGACUUCUUGUCGAAAACCAUGUACCUAGAGGAUCGCACUGUCAGGCUCCAGCUUUGGGACACUGCCGGACAGGAGCGUUUCCGUAGCCUUAUUCCCAGCUACAUCCGUGAUUCCACCAUCGCUGUUGUGGUUUAUGACAUCACCAAUCUCAAUUCGUUCCAGCAAACCUCAAAGUGGAUUGAUGAUGUCAGAACAGAGAGAGGAAGUGAUGUCAUCAUCAUGCUUGUCGGAAACAAAACUGACUUGGCCGAUAAAAGACAGAUCUCCACCGAGGGGGGCGAGCAGAGGGCUAAGGAGCUCAAUGUCAUGUUCAUAGAAACCAGCGCAAAAACUGGCUACAAUGUCAAACAGUUGUUCCGUCGUGUGGCUGCUGCCCUGCCUGGAAUGGAUAGCACUCCAGAGAAAAGCAAAGAAGACAUGAUCGACAUCAAACUGGAAAAGCAGCCCGAGAUGAGCGUCACCGAGACCAGCUGCUCCUGCUAAUAAACCCCCCCCCCCCCCCCCCCCCCCCCCCCCCCACACAUUCUCACCAACAGCUUGUUUCUCGGUGGCCUCUUACUCCACCCAUGGCACAGUGCCAUAGCGGCGGGUGCCUCCUCCUUCCCCCCCACCCUUUCGACUCAGUGACUUUUCCGAGUAACCUUGUGGAUGUGCUAUUCUGUAUCACAACAGAUUAUCUGGGACAAAACGAAGAAAAGAAAAAAAAAAGGUAGAAGAACAUAAUAAUGUGCAUUAAACAAGAAAUAGGUUAAUAAUGGUCAGAUUCUCUCUUAUUGUUUAACUGCAUGGUAUUCUAUAGGGUUGCAGAUUGACAUAGAUCAUGGUUCUUAAGUUAUUGCACCAUUCGGAGCUUGAUUGCUGCCACUCCAGUCAUUGUUGUAAAGUAAUAUUGCUUGGGGAUACUCAUUGUUUGCUGCAAGGUUGAGAUCCUGGGAUUGAUAUUAUAGGUUGCUCUUUUUGCUUUAAUGGUCGUUUGGGACUGUGAGAACUUCUCCUAAAUAUGAGAGAUCCGGUAUGUAUUGAUUGCUGGACAUUUCAAAUUAUUCUGAGCCAAUUGAAGUAACUUCUUGCAAAAGGUUUGAUUACUACUUUAUUGUUAUUUAAACUACUCCUUUAACCAGAGUGACCAUUAGGACCAGACUUUUAAGAAACUAGUAGAAAUGAACCUCAAGGGAAUUGAUGCACUCAGUUUUGUGUAGGAGUGACAUUAUUUCUAGAUGAUUUCGAGAGGGUCGCCACCAGAGGGUGCUACAAUAGCGAGAUUGCACUGAUGUGAGAAAUGGAUGGUGUUUCUUUUGCUUUUCAAAGGGAAUCCAUCCCUAACUCCAUUAUCUGUAGUACUAAAAAGGACGUUUGACCAGUUUGACCAUAUCCACUAGCGACAGUGUUGGAUUGACCAUAUACGCAUACCACCACUUGAUGAUCGCACAGGCAUUCUUUAGUCGGCCGAAGAAACAUUGUUUGAAAGCCAGUGUUUAGUCACCAUAGUAAUUAUCCCUGCCCUCCAUGAUAUUUACGCUAGUGUUGUGCUGAUUACACUUAUGGCAGUAACAUGCCGCAUGCUCUCACGUGCAGGAAUUCAAUGGUUAAGAACACAGAUGCCUUCCUUGUUCACUGACGGUGUGCACUGAAACAAGCCACAUUUCUUGUUAAAUAAAUACAUGUGCGAAUUCUGCAGACUGACUAAUGGCUUCACUAGUUGUUUUGUAGAGCUGGGAUAUGAGUCUCUCCUCGGAUACCCAGCUAAACGCGUACUAACACCCUCGCUUUGAAUAGAGAAAAGUGCAGAGAAGUCGUAAUUGCAGCCUUUUUGCUAACGCCUUUUGUGCGACUGUUGGUUUUCCGUGUUUAUUUAUUCUGUAACUCAAAACAACUGAAUAACGGUGUACGCUUGACCAAAAUGACAUACUAACACGCAUGUUAAAGGUUUUUUAUUUUGUGUGCGUGUGUGUAUGCCUGUUUGGACACUACUAAAAGACAACUUGUAGGUGUGUGUGUGUGUGUGUGUGUGUGUGUGUGUGUGUGUGUGUGUGUGUGUGUGUGUGUGUGUGUGUGUGUGUGUGUGUGUGUGUGUGGUUUUCCCUGAAUUUCACACGGCUUGGAAGUCUUUUUGCGGUGUGAUUAGUCAAGACGGCGGUUUACAGUCAGAUGACACACAUGCACCCUUGUUUCUAGACACAGUAUCACAAUACUUAUUAGCCAUAUCGCUUUUAAAACACAGUUGUGCAUUUUGUUGUAGGUUGUUUUAAAACUGUAAACAUUUAAAGGUUUAAAACAAUUGUAAAGUAUUUAACUACAUCGAACAACAGUCCUAAUCCUAGCAGAUUCUCUAUUGUCACUGAUUGCUCUGUGCUAUUCUGACUUGUGUCUGUCCAUAUAAAAAUAUGCUGUCUACUCGUGUUUAGCAACGUUUGUGUGAAUAAUGUACUAUGACUAUCUGCUGUAUAAAAAGGAGAGGCAAAUAAAAAACACCCAAGUGUAGGUCUGUGGUAUAAAAUAAAGAUCUUUCACCAAGG